AAAACCUCUCUUCCCUCUCCGACAGUUCACCACCGUCCGCCGCCGCGCCGGUUUAGGAAGACAAAUCUAAGUUUCUCAUAUUUUAGCACAAAACAUCUCGAAUUUAAUUUCAGAAUGUCUGGAAACAAGGCAGUGAUAGGGCUUUCGUGGCAACCUAAACUUGAUUUAUUUUCUUCCGCCAAAAAUGAAAAAUCCUCCAAUGAAGCUGAAGCUGAAGCCGUUUCCCUUUACAAGUGCAAUUCUCAGCUGGUCGACGGACUUUUUCUUCCUCCUAAAGACCCCAAAAUGCUUAACAAAUUGUUGAAGAAACAAGUGAAGGAUACUGCUGGAAAAAAUUGGUUUGAUAUGCCUGCACCAACUAUCACUCCGGAGUUGAAAAAAGAUCUCCAGCUACUGAAGUUGAGGACCGUGAUAGAUCCAAAAAGGCACUAUAAGAAGGGUGAUUCUAGAUCAAAAACUCUUCCCAAAUACUUCCAGGUGGGUACUGUUAUAGAGUCGGCAUCUGAAUUCUUCACUGGUAGACUUACUAAGAAGGAGAGAAAAGCAACCCUUGCUGAUGAGCUGCUUUCUGAUGGUCAUCUUCGUGAAUAUAGGAAACGCAAGGUUAGAGAGAUUGAACAAGUAAACCGGCCGGCUGGGGUGGACAAGUGGAAGAGGAACAAGUCAAAGAAGCAUAAAAUGUCAGGAAAGAAAACAAGGCGUUGAUAUAACCAGAUUUUGAAAAAGUGAAUUAGUUAUCUUUCAAUAUUCUCUUUUAGACUUCUUCUUUACAUUGUAUCUGUGAUGUAAAAAGGACUUGGUUUUCUCAACAACCAUUUUAUCCAAGUAUUGAUGUUAUAUAGCUUCUGUAUACCAA